AUGGUUGCUGGCACUGGAGGUGGCUGCUGCAAACAUUAUAGCAGCAUCACUGGCAAUGGUGGUGGUAUUAAAGGUGAGGAUGGAGUUUUAACAAUAAAUCCUGGGUGUUUAAAUGAAAGAUGCAAUGAUAAAAUUGAAGGUACGUGUUUAAAUACAAUUCUAACAGGUGGAAAUCAAACAAGUGGUGGGAUUGAUGCUAAUUCAACUCAAAUUUCAGCUAAGUUUGGAAUUGGAGGAUAUUUGGGUUUUGGAAAAAGUAGGCCAUCAGGCGGAUCUGGAUAUUAUGGUGGUGGAUAUGGGAUUGACUCGAAUUGCAUUAUCAGUUGUGGUGCAGGCGGAUCUUCGUUCGUUUCAGGAUUGAUAGAAUGUGAUGCAAUUAACGAGUCAUCUUCAGGGUUUGAUAAUAUUCUGCAUACACAUCAGCCAGUUCACUACUCAGGAUACAAAUUCACCGACGCGAUCAUGCUUGACGGCGGAAACUCAGAAAUUCCACAACCAGAAAGCACUAUUUUCUAUGAUGGCGCAUGCCAAAUUACCAUUUUGAGUGACUUUAUAUCAUUCUUCAUAACAUGUCAAGUAUCUUUCAUUUCUUCUCAAACUUUCUUCCUAUCAUUUGUAAUUUUCAUUCAAAGUUGA